ACCUAUUUUUUUGUUUGUUUUUUAUUCUUAUUGUUUAUUUUAUCUGUUUGAUUUUUGUUUAUGGUGUUUUCUACUAUUCUUUGCCUCCCCCAAUGGGAACUUCUGUGGAUGAGGGCAGGGAGAGAGAGUGUGUGUAUUGCGAAGCAAAAGGGGAAAUCCCUAUUGGAUUCUGGAGUUUGACCAAGGUUUCAUCGUGACCCUGGUUGUAAUGGGUUGAAAGCAAAAUAUGGGGAGUUACUCUGAAGAGGAAGAUGAUCAAUUUUAUGAUUCACGCGAGGAGAUCUCUUCUGUAUCGGAUUGGGGACUGGAUUUCUCCGAGGACAGUAGCUCCGGUAUUGGGCACAUAGAUAGUGUUUUGGGUAGUUUUUGGAAUGAGAUUUGGACUAAGAACCCGGAAAGUGUACAAGAACGCCGACAUAGAUUCUUAAAAUGGAUGGGCUUAAGCUUAGAUUGGGAUUCUGUUAUGAGAGAGGAUUUGGGCGGUGAACCAGACCACAGAAUUGAAAUGGGUAUUGAUAGAGUCGUGGAAAACAGUGGGGCGGUACUGAGAACUUCAGGUUUUGAAGAAGGGUGUCCAUUAAGUAAGUGUACCAUGUCAGAUGAAGUGUCACAUAAGUUAGAAAAUGGUGUUUCAGAAGAUAGUAUUAUGUGUACAAUCAGGAAUUUGGAUGAUGGAACCGAGUUCCUUGUGGACGAAUUGGAUCGCAAUGGAAUGCUUAGCAGACUACGUGAAGUGCGUUCCAAUCGAUCAGUGAGUUUUGAAGAAUUUCAGAGAAUUUUCGGGCCAUCUCCUUUGGUUCAGCAGCACUUGCAGAGAGAAGUUGAUGAGGCAAGAUAUCUGGUUAAUGCAAAAAAGAAAGUGAAGAGGGAUUGGCUAAGGACACUAGGUGCAGCAGCCUGUAUUGUUGAUACUGCUGCUUUAAAUCCUGGUGAUCUGGAACCAACAUUAGAGACGGGGAUGCGAAGAGUUCGAGUUCAUCCUUGUAGAAAGCGUUCCAAGGAACUGUCUUCCCUUUUUGCUGGACAGGAAUUUCUAGCACAUGAGGGAUCAAUAUUGACAAUGAAGUUCAGUCUUGAUGGGCAGUACUUGGCAAGUGCAGGGGAAGAUAGAAUUGUUCGUGUGUGGAAGGUGAUUGAAAAUGAGAGAUCAGACAACUUCGAUUUUCCAGAAAUGGAUCCUUCGUGUGUAUACUUCACAAUGAAUAAUCUUUCUGAAUUGGCUCCUCUUGAGAUGGAUAGAGGAAAACUAGGAAAGAUGGAGAAAUUGAGGAAAUCAUCAGAUUCUGUUUGUGUCAUUUUCCCACCAAAGGUCUUCCAGAUAUUAGAGAAGCCUCUACAUGAGUUCCAAGGACAUAGUGGAGAUGUCUUGGAUCUCUCAUGGUCCACAAAAGGGUUUCUGCUGUCCUCCUCUGUUGAUAGGACAGCUCGUCUAUGGCAAGUGGGAUGUGACAGAUGCCUACGGAUCUUUUCUCAUAAUAGUUAUGUAACAUGUGUUGAUUUUAACCCUGUGGAUGAUGACUACUUCAUAAGCGGUUCAAUUGAUGGAAAAGUUCGCAUCUGGGAAACUGUUGGCUGUAAGGUUGUUGAUUAUAUUGAUACCAGGGAGAUAGUCACUGCUGUGUGUUAUCGGCCUGAUGGAAAGGGAGGAAUUGUGGGCACCAUGACUGGGAACUGUCGUUUUUAUGAUAUCAUUGAUACUCGUCUGCAACUGGAUGCUCAAAUAUGUUUACAGGGCAAAAAGAAGUCACCAGGAAAGAGGAUAACUGGCUUUCAGUUUUCCCCAAGUGACCCGAGCAAGGUAAUGGUCGCUUCUGCUGAUUCAGUUGUCCGUAUUCUUUCGGGAGUUGAUGUCAUUUGCAAAUUCAGGGGUAUUCGAAAUGCUGGAAGCCAGAUGUCUGCUUCUUUCACCUUAGAUGGAACUCAUAUUGUAUCAGCAAGUGAUGAUUCAAAUGUCUACAUCUGGAACUUUACACACCAGGACAGGACUUCUUCUCGAGCAAGGACUGUUUGGUGUAGUGAGAGUUUCCAGUCCCACAAUGCAUCCAUUGCUAUACCUUGGAGUGGCAUUCAAACCAUGUCUGGAACACUUCUGUCCCCAAGAUUGAGUGCAGAUAUUUGGGGAAGUAGUAUAAAAAGUGGGUGGAAACUCCGCAACUUGGAUGAGCAUUCAAGUGAAAACUUGAGUCUCUCUUCUCCCGAUUGUUUCUCUCUUGGCCGUGGCUUUUUAUUGGAGUCUGUACCAAAAGGAUCUGCCACUUGGCCUGAGGAGAAACUUUCUAAUUCAGGUCCAAUAACUAUUUCUCCUGCAAUGUGCAAAUCUGAGUACAAAAUCUUGAGGAGUGCUUGCCAGAGCAUGUCCAGUUCUCCCCACAUGUGGGGUCUUGUGGUUGUGACUGCAGGUUGGGAUGGGCGGAUUAGAACGUACCACAAUUAUGGGUUGCCUAUGCGUCUUUGAAAAUAGGGUUUGGCAAGAUGGUCGGACGGGCCGUGCAUACAGAUUUGCAACGUGCUGUUGAAGAUCCGAGGACAAGAUUUGAAGAGCCCUUGCAAUUCUUUAACAAGGAGAAUCACUUGUCUUUAAAGUGCCCAACAACUGAAACAAAUGAUUCUUGCAUGUUCUGUGGUAUAUAGAUGACAGCUAUAUGGUUUUCUGAAUUUUUUUUGGGGGUAUCAAUUAUGGGCUCUCACAGAUUACUAGGUGUAUUAUACUCCAGUCAGGGCAUGCUAUGUGGCAAAGCUUUUUCUGAUCUGACUGCAGUCCAGCCUAGGUGCCAAAAGGAGCCUAAGGACUGCUUUUGUGUUGGAUUCUAAUAUACAGGUAAAUUAUACGAUUCUUUGAUUUGUUUUU